AUGUCAUCUUCAAUUAGAUUCCUAUUUAUCCUGGUGGUGUGUUUGACAGCAUCAUGCGCGUUAAGCCAAACGAAGUUAUCAGCGUACGAUGUUCUUAUGGAGUACGGAUUUCCGGUGGGGCUUCUUCCGAAGGGAGCCAUAGGGUAUUCGCUGAAUAGAGAAACGGGGCAGUUUGCAGUGUACUUUGACGGAACGUGCAGCUUCGUCAUAGAGUCUUACACGCUCAAAUACAAGCCCACCAUUACGGGAGUGAUCUCCAAAGGUAGGCUCUACAAUCUCAAGGGUGUCACCGUCAAAAUCUUGCUCCUCUGGCUCAACAUCGUCGAGGUCACGCUUCAGGGUAGCGAUGUCUCCUUCUCUGUCGGCAUCGCUUCCGCUGACUUUGGCGUCGAAAAUUUCGUCGAGAGCCCCCAGUGCGGCUGCGGCUUUGAUUGCAACAAACUUCCCCUAAACGGUGACGUUUCUUCAAUUUAA